GCACCGAAUUAUUUCGGAUGUCUACAUUUAUGCGGAAACUUAAUGUCAAAUUGAGUGCAAUUUUGGGCGUGUACAAGGCUGUCAUCUCACUAUAAAACAAUCUGUAAACCAACACCAGUAUCACUCCCCGAAUUCAAACCCCAGCGCCAUGAAUUCAUACAGUUUCGCAGUCGUCCUUGCAGUGGUUGCCGUAGCUUCCGCUGGAAAUGUUGUCUUUCCUGCCCAUCCUCUUCUUUCCGCCCGGGCCCUCGUGGCCCCUGUGGCGGCGCCUUUCGCCGCCAGGUUGCUCGUUCCUGCCGGUUCUGAACUCGAAGGCCAGUACAUUCCUGACCACACCGAAAGCCUCUACGAUGACGGCUCCUACAAACCCGAACUUACUCCAAUUCCUCUGAGUGCUUCUCCUUACGGACUUGUUCCAGCCGGUUCCGGACUCGAGGGACAAUACGUUCCUGACUUGACUGAAAAAUUGUACGACGAUGGCUCGUAUAAGCCGGGUCUUUAUGCGUAAUUGUUUGUUGGAUGGAAUAAAUUGUUAGAAAGUU